AUUGAAAUGGUGACCGUUAAUCAUAAGACCUGAUAGGUUUAAGAAUGUGGCACUUUAUGUGGAAAUCAUGAAAUGUUGUCUGUGUUAAGUUGAAUUAUUAUCACUCGAUUAGGCGUGUUUGUAAUGAAUGCAGAUGAAUGAGAAACCUAUUGUGUUAAAAUAGGCCUUAUCUGAAAACAAACAUGAACAUAUCAACUUCUUGCACAAAUAAAUAAGUGAAACACGCAGAGUCAUUCAAAUUACAUAAUUACUGGAUUAUUUACUUAUUACUGGUUAGAAUUCAAAUUGUCAAGAGCUUUCUGUUGUGCUUUCGCACGGUGCCAGCCGGUUCACAGUGAAGUUGCAGCCUUGAAGUAUUUUGCAAGCAAAUCAAAGAAAGCGCGUAUUUGGCUGUACUUCAGUUUUGUAACAGCUUUGUUUCCGAUCAGUCUUGUGAAAAAUUUUCAAAGAUUAAAAGAAGAUUGGCCUAAAAACAAAGAGCAGGUGAAGAUGGGCGUUAUUACAGAGGCGAACCAAAGUGUUAUCAUCGACUCUAGUCAGAACACAUGAGUCUGCCUGAAAAUGGGAGAUGUCUGUUCAAAGUGUUUUGGUUACCUGAAUGGAAUAGAAAGACAUGCUUUUGAGCCAGGAAAAUUUGAAGCACGAAGAUCUGGAAAUGAAAAUGAAGUGAGCGUGUUGUCGAUAAGACACCGCGGCGAAGAUGGAGACACUACAAAUGUUAGGUACGAAACGCGGAAUAAUUCUAUGGAUAGCAGAAAUCAAGAGAAUUCUGUUUGCAAAAGUAUAGAAAAUCAAUACGAAAGCAAAGAAAAAUCUCCUGCUUUACAAAGAAAAUCAAACAAAGGUGUUAUCAUUAUCUUAUCAACUCCAGAAGGGGAGCAAAUCUGCAAGUUUGACAACAAUGUUGAGGGAGAAGGUGUAUAUGGUGAUUCUGGAAGAAAGUACUUUGAUGAAAAAGAGAAUGCAGAUAGCAAUAUGAUCGAGAACGAGACAGAACGAAAAACGUCGUCCUCCCAAACAGAGGAUGAAAUGAAUCGAAAUGAGGCUAAUAAAACUGAGGAAGUUUGUGCUCUAUCUGACUUUGAAUGUGGAGAACCGAUAUGCACAGAAUCAGUUUGCGUAAAUGGAACAGUAGCUUUUCAAACGGCUUUGGGACGUUUCUCUGAUUUCUACACCAGGUCAAUUAUGAAGAUGGCAAUCUCAGAUUUAACAAGAAGCCUGAAAAGUUUUGAAGCAGUGACAAGAGAAACAAAACACGGCCCAAGAACAAAUGAAGAAGGAGAUACAAAUUCAGCAGCAGAGGGUAAUUAUGUGGUCAGUUUGAAGAUCAUAAACUUUGCAGCUGAUUUAGUAAAAGCAAUAAUCAGUGCAUCAAUUUCAAGGAAAGAAUUUAAGUCCAAAGCUUACUUUGAUCACAAAAAGGUUUGUUGUGGCACAAGGACUGUUGCUAGUGCCAUGCCAUCAGAUGAUCUUCCUCAUGACUGUGUCAAUAAAUACACUAUAUAUAAUGAAACUACCAACAAGCAUGAUGCCGUCUCCUUGAACAAGACACAGGUUGUGCCUUUAUGUCAUCACGGCCUAGAGCAAAAUUAUGUUAAAGAAUCACAUGACGAUAAAUCUCUACAGAGAAGUAACCCAGCACAAAAUAUGGGAAAGCCAAUUUUGGAAAAUCUAAAACUAAAUGCAACAUUGGCCAAUACCAACAAACACCACGCAUCUGUUGAAGACCAGCUUGUUGAGAUUCUAGUGCAGAAAGCGAUCCAGGCUGCUAUCUGGGAGACAAAUAAAAACGAGGUUGCAAAUAGAAAAGAGGCUGUUACUUGUAUCGAUGUUUCAAGCACAGAAGAUUCACUGAAUUACACGCAUUCAUCUGUUGAUCUGAACUACAACUUGAAAGAUGAUAAACAAAUCUCUGUGAACUCGAAUGCAGAUAUGAGGCAAAAUGAGCUAAGCAUCAAUAUGUUGCCAUGUUUGGAAAUUCAUGAGUAUCAUUAUCCAUCGAGCAACAGCAAAGAAAUAUCAACUCACAAGAUAUUUCCAAACAGAGUUUCUCGUUUGAAAAAAUAUGGACACCAAAUGUCAUCCAGAAUAAUCAUCGAAGCAAUAGCAUCUAUUUUAACCAGAAAUCUACCUAUUUCUACUUGAAUGGUCUUAACAGCUUGGUAUGAGUUUAAUUUAGAUAACAUUUUUUGGGUAAAACGGAUAGCUAAGUAAUCAGAAUAUUUCGGGAUAUAAUGACGUUUCAAACGAAAUCUUUAUCUUUGAUAAAGCAUAGAGAAACGAAGAUAAACAUUUAAGGCAGAAUUACGAUAUAUGGGGCCGAUGUAUAUCAUAUAUUAGAUAAAAUGCUUUGUUUCUUAAUAAUUCCUGUAUUGCUUUGACUCUGAUUAAUUUCUUGAAAAAUUACAAAAAAUACGAAAUUUCAGCAAUAUUUUGCAGCAGAUUUGUCAAAAACUUGCUAGCCAUGUUAUCAAAUCGAAACUACAACACACUUAUCUAAAUAGUUAUUCUAUUAGCAUAUUGACCAUAACCUCAAAUUUGAAAUUGUAGAAGGCGUGCCGAUGAACUUGUGCUUAUGGGGAAAAUUGUCUUCUUUCGCUCAUGGAAAAAGAGAAAAACAUGACAAAAAAGUUCCCUUCGUCUCGAACUGAUAUCAAUUAGUAUGAAGGAUUUAACCACAAUCUGUUGAAUCAAGCCCCAGUUACACUAAAAUAUUGACUCGUUCAAUUAGCAAUCUUUUUAAAUCAUCUUCUGUAAAACGGCUCUGAUAAAAGGUUGAACAAAAGAAACAGCUGUAUUCUGUUUUAGCGUGUUAUCAGGCCAUUUAAGUGUCUCUAAACUACUUAGUGCAAAAAUUAGGUUUAAGCAUUGCCAUUGAUUAGAAAUGUUUGGAUUUCUUUGAAAUUAUGCUCUGUAGAUUGUAAGAUUUGGCCUCUGUGAUUUUUUUAAGAAUUUCAAUGCUCUGAAUCUUUUAAUCGCUCUUCAGGUCAAUUCAUAGACAAAAUAAUAGUGGUCAUGUGGUUCUAAAGGUUGUGAGCAAAGAUGGGUAAAUGAUCAGAAGAAUUAUAACUGGUGAUAGUUUCAUUUUAUGGAGGCUUUAAAAAGAUAAAUUGCAAAAAGCAAGAUAUAAUCAGUGUAACGGUAGCUUAAAAUUUGAGCUAAAGUCGUUUCUGUAAUUGUGCAGAGCUAAGAUAACGAUUACAAAAAUAAGGAAGAUAUAAAUAGAACAA